AUGCAGUACUUGGGUGCAGGACAAGAAGGGAGGGGUGAGAAAGUGCGAGGACUGAAACAACAUGUGAAGAAACUGUGUGACUUCUCACGAGGACGAGGGGCCUAUGAGCGUGAUAUCGUCAAAACCUACACUGGCUAUCGUUGUCGUCCGUUUUGCUGGUUGCUCCCGUUGCUGCUGAUACCCAUUGGCUUUCUGAUUUGGCACUAUUGGCCUCGUCCUGCUCAGAACCCUAUCCCUACGGGGCCUGAUUGCGAAACCGGCUAUCAUGAUUACGAGAAUCUUUGGACGGAGCAGCGCCAGGCAUACUGCUGCAAAUACGCAGGCCGUGCAUGCGGUCAGGCACCGCGUGUGAUUCACCAAAUUGUGCACAUGCCUGUUGUGGAAAAAGGCCGCAACCACUAUGUGCCUGUGCCAGUUCCUACACCGCCACAUGUGGUGUACAAGACUCACGUGGUCCAGCUGCCGCCAAAGAUUGUGUACCAACAUGAUGAAACCCACUAUGACUGCCAUGCCGGAUACUCGAACUGGUACUUUGGAUGGUCAGACCGCAAGAAGUCGUGGUGCUGUGAUCGUAGGAGCAUGGGAUGCCCUGGAACGUGGCAUGGCAGCUACCACAUCCACACACAUGUCAUGGCUCAUGGAGUGGGACAUGCACAGGGUCGGAUCUACGACUGUGAUGCUGGCUUCUCGCGUUGGAUGACCGGCUGGUCGGACUCCAAGAAGGAUUGGUGCUGCAAUCAUCAAAGCAGGGGUUGCGUGAAGUUCCAUUGCACUGCUGGGGGUGAAGAUACCUGGGCUGCCGACAAGCGGUCUUGGUGCUGCGAGAACUUCCAGAAAGGAUGCCCUCACACCACGCUCUCUGCAUUGAAGUGCCAAGCCAGCUGCACUCAUGCAGGAGAAACUUCCAAGUGCAUUGACCGCAUCCAUUGGACCAAAGAGCAUGUGUUUGGCAACAAGGCGAACGGCUGCGAGUUGGCCUACAGCAAGGUGCAGGUGGAGUGUGACAUUUGCCGUGCAUGCUCCAUCCAGGAUGGGCGGGCUGUGAAGUCCAUGCUGUUGGUCAAG